AUCUACCGUCAACCAGUCACGUCGCGGGCUUUGCCGGUGACCCGGUGACUCAUAAUUAAAACAACUAAACAAGUUUUAACAAGUUUUACGAAGACUUUACAACUAUUAUUUUUCUAAAUUUUGUGCACAGUGGUGCACGAAUCCAUGUAAGUACCUAGGUAGAUCUAGUUAUACUACAAGUCAUUGUCUAUUUAUAGACGGCAAGCCAAAAUAAAAGGUUCGAAAUAUUGAAACCGCCAACAGUUACAGUUAUUCCAAAAUGGAUCCAGAAGGAACACUAGUGUCAAAACUAAACGAACUAUUAGAUGCUGUACGGAGAGGGAACAUAGACAACGUCAAGAACAUAGUUAACUGGUUCGAGCAAGAAUUAAACCGCAAUAAAGCGCUAUUACCUGCAGUAUACGCCGGAGCCAGGCCAUGUCCUACACAAGCCGACCUUAUCGUUGCUGCGUGUUCCCACAACCAGAAGAGUAUCCUCGACUACUUGCUAAACGAAACUGACAUUUUGGAUCAUCUCAUUGACAAUACACAAGAGCUAGAACUAGAGCUAAAAAAAAGAACGAAUGCAGUCAAACAUGCACUGCGGCUGGGGGAUUUCGAAAUGGUAGAGAAGAUGUACAACUACUGGAGCGGUGACUUGUAUUGGAAUGGACACGAAAAGGAUAAAUUUACGAAUCUUGGUAAAAUACUAAAAGAUGCUGAAGCUGACUGCGACGUUGUUCUAGUCAUGGUCAGCGACCAACAGCUACUUAUUAAUUUCAAAUCCCUUAACACACUGAAUGAUUUCCAGCAAGAAUUAUACGAACUACUGCCGCAGACAUUACCACAUAAUGCUUCCGCAAAAGAAACUGCCGAAGUGUUACUGGAAGUUUUAUGUUUAUAUAACAAAUAUUCAAAAAUAGGGAGGGUAAGAAUACCAGACGUUUCAGAUGAAAUCGAGCGCCAACUCAAAUUGGACUUAGAAGAUGAAACCAGCACAUACUACAGAGCGCAGGCAUACAUUAAAUAUGAAGUUUAUUUUCGGAAGCUGGAUUUUAAUAUAGCAAUACUUUUGUUGGAAAAGUUGUACAUUAUAAGAAACCAUUUAAAACAACGUUUCAAUAAAUCCAAAACAUAUUUUGAUGAAAACAAAAAGUUAUUCGAACAGUACAAAAGCGCAGCGACCACGUACAAAGAUAUUGAAUGUGCUAUUUUUCAUCUAAUCUACCGGACAAGUGAAGACUGGAGGCUGUAUCUACCUGCAGACAGAAAGUUAACAGUAGAAAAACACCAUGUUGGUAUUUACAACGGUGUGUUAAUAAGAAACCUUAAGUCAACGUAUGAUCUACAUAAGUUGUAUAAUGGCCCUGUGUUGUAUUUUGAACGAGACCAUUUCAAAACUUGUAUUGGAAAAUUAAAAAAUAUAUUAAACGAUUAUUUUUUAACCGAUGACCCAAUAACUAAUCAGGUGAACAAGGAAAACAAAGAAGAAUUGUUAGAUGAGAAUUACCUAAAACCAAUGAUGUACGUGAGCGAUUAUUACUCAUUACGUAAAAUUGUUAUGUACAUCGAAGCUCUGGAACAUACUAAUGACGCAGAUAUUAUUAUGAUUGAAAGAGUUCUGCAAGUUAUUGGAGAAAUGAUGAAAGCGUCUGAAGGGUCAACGCAUUUAUCUGAAUUAACAAGUACUUUCCUACAGACAGCAAUAUCCGCAGAAACCAUCAAACUUCUACAACAGAUUAGAGAAUUCUUGUCGCAUGCUGAUAAAGGACAACUUAGCCUUAGAAUUGAUAUCGAGAAUGACCGACCUGAUAUCUUAAGGAAUGUUAAAGAAGAAUUAGUAAAAAUUAAAGAACACAUUUUUCCUAUAUUUGAUAUAUGUAAAUCUGUACUUGAUAAGUCGUUACUCCAAAAAGGUUUAGAUUUGCUAGAAAGUAGAAUAAAAAAGAUGCCGUUUGGCGCUAGAAAACGACUUGAUGAAAUCAGUUCCCUUUAUAAAAAACACGGAAUCAACUUGGUUUCGAUUUCUGGGCAAUACUUUAGAGAUAUUUGGGAUCCAGCUGGUUUGCCACAUCAAUUGCUUUUGGAAAUUCCUCAACUUUUAGUAAACCGAGAUGAUAUUUUAGCAAAAAAAGAAACUAUUGAAAAGGAAAUAGAUGAUAAGGUAAUGAAGAUGUUACCACAGAACAUUCAGAAUAUGAAACAGUUACUUAAACUCAUGCAGAAGAACAAUGAUAUUGUAGAUGAUAUCAACAGCCAGUUAAUUAAGUAUAAAAUCAAAGAAUUGGAAUAUUGUCCGAAAGCCAUUGACAUAAAUGACCGAAAGCGUAAAUUAGAAAAGAAAUUGAAGAAUAAAAUUAAUUUUCCUGAAGACUUUUCGCAAUCUUGGAAAUCAAUUCAAAUAAUGAUAAGCUAUUGCCCCAAACAUACUAAUAUGUUUGCUUCUACCGAUACGUCCGCAAUCUCAGGAUUAAGUUCCUUAUUAGAGAAAAUGGAAGUUGUGUGUUUAAUGUACAAUUCUAGAAUAGCCUGGUUUUGUGGUAAACAAUUAGCUAAAUGGGGCCUAUGGAUUUACAAAUCAUUUAGAGAAAUGAUCACCAGAAGCGAAACUACAUCAUUUAUUGCUAUAGAAAAUUUACACAAAGAUGCUGUCCUCAAAGUAGCACAGAAUAGCAGUGGCAAAGGACGAGAGGAAUUAAUAAAAUGUUUGAUCAAUCGCAUCGAUCUACUAAGGACCGCUCUAGGGCAUCCAGAACAAAUACCUUUGCGCGAACAUGUUCAGCGAUAUAAACUGGAUCUAGAGUUUCGUUUUAUGUUAGAAAUGUUAUUAACCGAUAUAGAUAACAUUAUUAAUAAUAAAAAAUAUGUUUCGAGGAAGUGUAAUAAGUUACUAGAAGGUAUUAUCCUGCGUAACGUGCUGGAUCACGGUAAUCCAUUCUUAGAGGUAAUCGGAGAUGUAUUAGACCGGCACGAGUUGCCAGAAGAGCUUUUGUCGAAAGCGAAGAGUUUUGCUGAAGAUCUGGAAGCAGUCAAAGCUCUCUACGCACUGUAUCAAGAUAAUAUAGAUUUAGCUACUAUAAAAAAUGGAACGCUAGCAAACAUGAACGAGACACAGAAAGACCUUCACUCAAAACUCAAACAGUCACAGAAUUGGGAACGUUACUUAUGUCUUAUUCCAUCAAGUCACAGGCGAAGUUAGGGCAGAGAUAGAAAGCGAUGAGAGAGGUGAGCUCCAGUGCGAUUUAAUGGUGGAGUGGAAACAGCGACUGGGGGCAGCAGGGCACCCUGGUAUAACAGCCGUCUUUUCUUUCUACAAAUCAGUUAUGCUCGC